AUACAUUUUUUAUUCAUGUACUAAGAGGCAACAUGUCGACAUCAUAAGAUUAAAUUUCUAAUUUCUACUAAUUAUCCUCUUCCCAAUUGACUUUUAUAUUUAAUUUCAUAAUUUUUGUAAGAAAAAAAAAGCAUACAUAAACAGAGAGAUGAAAGGGAAGUAUGAUUUUUUGAUUUGGACAUCUCUUCUCUCCUCUCUCAUCUUCUCUAGACUGUGUGCAUCAUCCUCCAUCCAUUUAGACCUCCUUUCACGUUUAUCAGCAUUUUCCUGUCUUCAUUUAUCAUAAGCCCUCCAGCUUUAUUAGUUUUUUUGAGGAACCCUAGAGUGAUUUUUGGGUGAUAAAUUAAAUCGGAAACAUUAUGGAGGAGUGGAGGCAUCUGGAUGAUUCAUGGAUACUAGAAUCUGGUGUGGGCCCAUCUCAGGCAAACAAUAAUGCAAUUUCUAGUAGAAGUGGCUCAGGCUCAGCAGCAACACAAGAAAAGAAGAAUUUGAAGAAGGCGAAAAGCAACUCAAAAUGUAGAAAGAGAUUUAGCAGUGGAAUUGAUGAGAGUGCAGAAGAAGGUGUGAAGAAGCUGGACCACAACGCAAAGGAGAGGAUUCGAAGAAUGAAGCUUAAUGCAUCUUACCUUGCUCUCAGAGCACUGCUUCCUGAUUCCACAAGAUCAAAGAAGAAGUGGAGCGCACCCGCAAUAGUAGAUAGAGUGGUGAAAUACAUUCCGGAGCUGGAGAAAGAGAUAGAAAUACUGAGAAGCAACGUUAACGCCAAGGAGAUGAAUGCCAGUGUUUGUAUGAGCCAAGUUAAUCAACAAGAAGCAAUUUUUCAAGUUUGUGUGGCCAGACAACAUCAACAGCAUUCACAACUCACCCAUUUGUUGCAAAGACUUGAAGAUGAGGGUAUCUGCAUCAACAGUGCUUCUGCACUUGACAUUUCUCACACCAGAAUUUGCCACCAUUUGCACAUCCAGGUAACCACACAUCUUCAUUUUAUAUAUGAUCAUCAUCGUGUCGUGUAUGUUCUCACUCUGCCUCUCAUUUUUUUUAUCAUUUAGUAUAAUUAAUUUCAAGAAAAUUAACUAAGACUCGAUCACUAAUUGAGUUUAUAAUUAUUUUCUAAUUUUUUAUUUAAUAUUUGAAUAUAUAUUAAGGUUUGUUAUUCCAAAGUUAGGGUAUAUAAUUUUUUAAAAUUUUGAUUUUUAGUGGAAACUGGAAAGUAAUAAUUAGGGUUUUUUAUGCAAUAAUAUUUCCGACUGCCUCCAACACUGAAACUCACUUACGCUGUCAUAUAGUCACUAAAUUAAUAGGUUUAAUUGAAUAGUGUACUAAUAGAACUUGGGACAAAAACUAUCACUAAAUCCCAAAACUAACACUAAAUUAAUUUAUGGAGCUAAACAAGUGUAUUUUCACUAUUUGAUUCCAUCCUCAAAAGAACUUACGAUAAAGUGGUUGCUGAGCUACAUUAAUUUUCGUGAUUUUUCUAUAAAACAGGAAUAGUUGAAAAAGUUGAUUCAAACCCUAAAUCUUUGGAUUCAAACAUUACACAUCCGACUUUAACCAUUUUACCACCAGAACAACACAUCCGCACAAAAAGUAGUUGAAACUUAUAAAUUGAAUCACAACCAUACGUUUUAUUAGAAGUUCUCAAACAUUUAACUGCACAAUUUUUAAGUUUUUGGGACUGCAGCUGUUAUCAUAUAUACCCCUAAAUUGUGGGACUAAAUCUAGCUACCUCAAAUAAUUACUGCACUUCACAUUUUACCCUGAAAUUUAUGAUUAGAGCCAAGCUCUCAGUAUACUCAUUCAUAUAUAUAUAUGGAAGGGCUAAAAUAAGAGCAUUUUGUAAGAUAUAAAAUAAGAAUCAUUUUCAGCCCUUAGAUCAUCAAGAUCUAUGGUUGAUUCGUAAUCCUGUUGGAUGGAUUUAUGGUCCUGAGUUCGAAUCUCAAAGGUAGCAAAAAAUUAUUUUUCACAAUUCAUAUAUUUAUACAACGAAUUCAUACGUGUUCUACAUAAAAUUCAUCCAUUAAAAAUUGCUCUUAUUUCUUAUUUUAAGAUGUGCUCUCACGGUAGCCCACCCCUAUAUAUAUAUAUAUAUAUAUGUUUGCAUGAUAUUCCACAGACAAACGAUACUGCUUCUGAAGCGGGCAAUCGCUUUGAAGAACUACGGGACAAGGUGAUUUCUUGGUUGAGAUAAUUUGUUUGCUGUCAAAAGACAGCUAGUUCCAUCAUUAUUUAUAUGUAUAUUCUCUAGCUAGAAUUAGGGUCAAAUAAAAUUUUAUUUUUCGUAAAAAUUACGAACAGUUUAACUUAUAAAGUAAUUGUACUUUCGUGGUUUUGGGUUCA